UGCGUUAUGCGACCUGCAACAGCACACACACACGCGCGCAUUUGGAGAACCAAGCACGGCAUUCACAUUGCACAUCGGGAUCCACCAACAUACGGACGGACAGGGGGCGGCUCCUUUAAGAAAAACUAAGUCAGAAAAUAUCACCCCUCCUCCUUCAGAUCUCCACUUGGAUGGUAUUGCAUCAAAGAAAACCUUCACUGGAGUUGCAAGUGAUCGAGGAGACGAUGGGGACUGUUUUUGAACAUCUCUACAUGAAUAUCUGAAGCAUUCAAAGUGAGGGAAGAGCGCGACGAGUCAUCAUUAAUUAAGCAACUUGACAACCUCGAUAUUGAUUGACAGCUUGCUUGUUGAGCGAGACUAGAGUCUCAAUGUUUUUUUUCCCGUAAGGGGCAUUUUACACCAGUCUCAAGCGUGAAGUCGUAGCCAGUGUUGCUUGUUUAUGAACGGUCUCCAGGAGAAAGCGAAGGAGCGUUAUACUGGAUUGUGGUGUUUUUGUCUUCAGCUGGACUUAUGCUGACGGUCUGGCAACCAUCCUCUCUGGAGAGACGACCACAGUAUUCCUAAUCUUGCAUUUGGAGUUAGGUCUUUGUUUUUCCUCAGCCCUGGCCUCGUAGAAGACGUUUAGAGUCCGAUUGGAAUCGGCUAGAGUGACAGGCCGAUGGCGCAACGGUAUGAAGACCUUCCCCACUAUGGAAUGGACGGAGUAGGGCUGCCCUCGGCUAUGUACGGGGACCCUCAUGCAGCGCGCUCCAUGCAGGCGGUUCACCUGAACCACGGGCCCCAGUUCCACUCGCACCAGUACCCGCACUCAACACACGCCAGUGCCAUACCGCCCAGUAUGGGCUCCUCUGUCAACGACGCUAUAAAAAGAGACAAAGAUGCCAUUUACGGGCAUCCCCUUUUCCCACUUCUAGCACUGAUUUUUGAAAAAUGUGAAUUAGCAACUUGCACGCCGAGAGAAACUGGGGUCGCUGGAGGCGACGUGUGUUCCUCGGAGUCUUUCAAUGAGGAUAUAGCAGUAUUUUCAAAACAGAUUCGAUCAGAGAAGCCUAUAUUUUCAUCAAAUCCAGAAAUUGAUAAUUUGAUGAUACAAGCAAUUCAAGUAUUACGGUUUCAUCUGCUCGAGCUGGAGAAGGUACACGAGCUAUGCGAUAAUUUCUGUCAUCGAUACAUCAGUUGCUUGAAAGGAAAAAUGCCCAUUGAUUUGGUCAUAGACGACAGGGACGUUGGAAAUAAAUCUGACAGUGAAGAUUUUACAAGAUCGUCUGGGCCUCUUGAUCAGAUCUCGUGGAGCAGAGACCACGAUGACACGGCGUCAGUUCGCUCGGCGGGGACACCCGGGCCCUCCAGUGGGGGACACACGUCACACAGUGGGGACAACAACAGUGAAGAAGGUGACUGCAUGGACAACGGGGUGGCCUCUCCCAGCACUGGGGACGAUGAUGACCCUGACAAGGAAAAGAGGGAUCGUCACAACAAGAAGCGAGGAAUCUUCCCUAAAGUGGCCACCAACAUCAUGAGGGCGUGGCUUUUCCAGCACUUGACACAUCCUUACCCUUCGGAAGAGCAGAAGAAACAACUGGCCCAGGACACGGGGUUAACGAUCCUACAAGUCAACAAUUGGUUCAUCAACGCGAGACGAAGAAUAGUACAGCCCAUGAUCGACCAGUCCAAUAGAGCAGUGACUGGAGGAGGGCCCUACACCCCAGAUGGUCAACCAAUGGGAGGGUUCGUCAUGGACGGCCAGACACACAUGGGAAUCAGACCACCUGGGCCCAUGGGUGGGAUGGGUAUGGGUGUGGAGGGACAGUGGCAUUACAUGUGACCCCUUGCUAACGGACUUAGCACAGAGCCCAAGGGGACGCACUCAGAACUGCCAGGUAUUCCCGAGGAUGGCGUGUCUCAUGGUGGUCCGAUCAGCACGGAUAUGGGCAUCGCUCUGACCUCCACUGGUGCCCCUACCAUCACCUCUACCCUCCCACCAACCAGCCCCGCCACUGGGGCAUGAUCUCUCGGUGCUGCCCCUCCCUCCGUGACUUCCGUGACCCAGCGAUAUUGAUUGCGCUGGUGCCCAGCCCAAACUCACCACCAUCGCCUGACUGUUUGUCAGUGGGGCUGGUGACCCCCCCCCCCC